UUUAAAUGAUCAGGAAGAGAGCACAGGAGAGCCCUGGCCUGAGACUCAGAAGGGAAUCCGAGAGAGAGGAGCUGUUUGGACUUAAGAAGCUGUUGGCCUGACCAGAGAUCUGCUCCUCAUGGCUUCAUUGAUUCCUUCAGCCUCCAGUCACCACGAAUUACGUUUCUUCUUGACGCAAACGGCUUGACAUGAUGACCUCAUUGUAACAAGUGCUUGGGCACGAGCCAAACCUUUCCUACCAAGAUGGAGAAUGGCAGUAAAGUGGACAGCCCAACCAACAUCUCUUUGGCCAACAACGAUGUCGUGUUUAGCAUGAUCGAGUACAAGGCCAUCUCCGUCUUCUUGGUUCUUCUCAUUUGUGGUGUCGGCAUAAUAGGCAACAUCAUGGUAGUCCUGGUGGUUUUCAUCACUCGUGAUAUGAGGACACCGACCAACUGCUAUCUGGUCAGUUUGGCUGUAGCCGACUUGAUGGUCCUGGUGGCGGCUGGUUUGCCCAACGUUACAGACAGUCUGGCUGGGACAUGGAUCUACGGUCAUGCUGGCUGUCUCGGCAUAACGUACUUUCAGUAUCUGGGGAUUAAUGCUUCCUCCUGCUCGAUCACAGCGUUUACAGUGGAGAGAUACAUCGCCAUCUGCCACCCAAUGAAAGCCCAGACAGUCUGCACUGUGUCCCGCGCCAAACGCAUCAUCGCCAUUGUCUGGGUGUUCACUUGUAUAUACUGCAUGAUGUGGUUUUUCCUGGUCGACAUUCAAGUGAACAAAACCCAACAAGUACAGUGCGGCUACAAGGUCUCCCGGAACCUCUACCUGCCUAUUUACCUUACGGACUUUACCAUAUUCUACGUGAUCCCGCUCUUCGUGGCCACCAUCCUGUAUGGGCUUAUCGGAAGGAUCUUAUUUCUUAGCCCGAUCCCCAGCCACCCUGACAGCACCAUGGAGAGAUGGAAGGAAAAAAGCUCUAAAGAGAAGAACGCGGCAGAAGCUGAUGGCAACAAGAUGAACAACCGCAGUCGGCCCAGAGGGGCAUUGUCCUCCCGGAAGCAGGUCACCAAGAUGUUGGCGGUGGUAGUUAUCCUCUUCGCCCUACUCUGGAUGCCUUAUCGGACUCUGGUUCUAGUCAACUCAUUCAUGGAAAACCCUUACCUUGACCCUUGGUUCCUCCUGUUUUGCCGUAUUUGUGUCUACGCCAACAGUGCAAUCAACCCCGUCAUCUACAACCUCAUGUCGCAGAAAUUUCGUACAGCCUUCAAGAGAUUGUGCAAAUGUGGCCAGGUGGACACCCAGAGGAGAAGCAUAUACCUUACCACCACGAGUUACAGCAUGGUGAAGGACAAUGCUAACACCCGGGUAGAGAAAAAGGAGAAACCUCCACCCGACAACCCAACAGUGGUGCCCAAACAAGCCGAAAAACCCAGGAUGGAAGGAGAACUUUACUACAGUGUGGUUUAGGACAGUACCCUACAUAUGGGUGUAGUUAUCUAAGAAAGGUUCUGAAAGGACUAGUUGAGUCCGUCAAAGCUCUCACUACUGAAAAUAAAACAACGUAUGUCAAGGACCAGGCCUGGAUCGCACAUCCAAGAUACAUACAGCCCGGGGAAUCUUGGCAACAUUUUCAGUCCUGCUACAGAUUAUGGACCUUCUGGUUGGCUGCUAACCUUCAGAAAAACAAGUUCUAACCCAGGGUAAAACGAACAAAGACGUAAUCUACAUAAAUAAAGAUAUAUUCUUGUUGGCUAUUCAUUUUUGGUUUUCCGGUCAACAAUAUUAAAAUCUUCUUCUUCUGAAGGCUUCAGAACCUCA